UAUACUCCCCAUCUAUAUAUGUAAUGUAACGCAAGAUUCGAGAGAGCACUAUAAAUACGAGGUCACGUACACAGACGACGCUCUAUCUCAGCUCUCGAGAGCCAGUCCAGUCGCAAAGGAAACCCUAGCUAGCAGCAAUAGCAAAGGCUAAUUAACCAGCUAUAAGUAAUUGUGCAAUAAUUGUGAGAGCUAGCUGAGAUGACGACCAUGGCUUCGUCCACGACGACCGGCCAUUGCAUGUUCUUUGCACUGAUUCUCCUCUCUUCGGCGGCGUACGGCCAGCUCUCGACGUCGUUCUACGACACCAGCUGCCCGUCGCUGGAGUCCACAGUGCGCUCCGUCGUGUCUGGUGUCAUCAAUAACGGCAACCGCCGGAUGGGCGCCUCCCUUCUCCGCCUCUUCUUCCACGACUGCUUCGUUCAGGGCUGCGACGCCUCGAUUCUUCUUGACGACGUGCCGGGCACCUUCGUCGGCGAGAAAAACGCCGGCCCCAACGCCAACUCCGUCCUCGGCUACGACGUCAUCAACAACAUAAAGACGGCCGUCGAGGCCAACUGCCCCGGCGUCGUCUCCUGCGCCGACAUCGUCGCCCUCGCCGCGCGGGACGGCGUCAACCUGCUCGGCGGACCGACCUGGAGCGUGUCUCUGGGCCGGCGGGACUCGACGACGGCGAGCCAGAGCCAAGCGAACAGCGACCUGCCGUCGCCGGCGUCUAGCCUGAGCACGCUCAUCGCGGCGUUCGCGAGCAAGGGCCUGAACGCGACGGACAUGACGGCGCUCUCCGGCGCGCACACCGUCGGCAUGGCGCAGUGCAAGACGUACCGCAGCCGCAUCUACAGCGACGCCAACAUCAACAAGCAGUUCGCCAACACGCUCAAGGGCAACUGCUCGGCGACGCAGGGCGGGAGUACCGACACCAACCUAGCGGGGCUGGACGUGCAGACGCAGGUCGUCUUCGACAACGCCUACUUUGGGAACCUGAUGAAGAAGAAGGGACUGCUGCACUCGGACCAGGAGCUCUUCAACGGCGGGUCGCAGGACGCGCUGGUGCAGCAGUACGACGCCGACCCGGGGCUCUUCGCCUCACACUUCGUCACCGCUAUGAUAAAGAUGGGGAACAUCAGCCCGCUCACCGGAAGCCAAGGACAGAUCAGGGCCAACUGCGGCAGGGUUAAUUAACUAAUUAAUUAACAAGAGCUGAAGAAUGUUGCCGGCCGGCCAUCAACAAUUGAUUGAUUGUCAUGCAUAGACUCACGCACUCACAGGGACACAUGCAUGCACACGCUAGCUGUUGGAUUGUUCAUGAAGAAGGCACUCCAUGAUUAAUGUAAUAUAUACGUGUUGAAGAAAUAUAUGGGUAUCCCAUUCCCAUUUCUAGUAAUAAAAAUCUGUACUAAACAGUGUUUGAA